AUGGAUUACGUGCCUGCAAGAUCUUCAUCUGCAUCGAGGAGUCGGCUAUCUCGGACGUCUUCCUCUCGUGAGGAAGAGGUACGUGAGGAGGAGGUGGGACAUGAGGAGGAGGAGAUAGCCGAUGUUCACCCUGAGCACGACGAGGAUGAUGCUCAAGACGCGGGGGAGGAGGACUACCCGGGAGGGCCUUCAGACACAUCUAUGUUGAUUUUCUAUCAUGACCAUGUCGCUCGACGAGUUUGGGAUUGUGAGGAACGGACAACCAUAAACUCUGUGAACCAUGCGCGAAAAAUAUUUGAUUUGUUUAAACCACGGGCUCAGUGGUUUAAUGACAUUGUAGUUGGUUCCAGACUUGGCGGGUUAUGCAUGACCAGAUAUAGUAUCAUCAACCAUGACAUGCAGGGGGCAUUUGCUGGAAACAAUUUCUUGGUAACUUCGGAUAUGCAUAUCCGAAAUUAUUGA